CAGAAGGCCAGAAAAAAAUAUAUCGGUUUCAUCUUUUGGAGGACCAAUACAGCAGUACUAGUAGACUACUAGUGGCUUUGUUCUUCAUUGCCCACUCACAACAAUGUCGGGCGCAGAGACCACUAGCGGCAACUCUUUAUGUCUCUCCCUACUGCAGCUUUGCCAAGGCGGUGGCAGUAGCAGCAGCCGAAGUUCAUCAAGAAGUUGUGAUGAAAAUAUUAAAACACGUCAACUCUCGAACUCGACCUCUUUGUUACAAUCGGAAAUCGACGCCGUUCGGAGUGAAAAUAACGCCAUCGACGUGAGCAGCCUCUACCACGUGGCCGGACCAAGAAGUGAUCUUUCCCGGAUAACGACCACAGCCUGCGCCACGUCUCCGUCUAGAGCAACUGUUUCACACAGUGCGGCAAUCCCGCUGAUGCAGAAAAAUCGCCCCGCGGCCAAAACUUCUACCAUUCCGCACCUAAAAAGGAAGUGUUCACGUCGAUCGGCUUGCUGCACUUUCACCACAUUGAGUAGAAGUGCAGCGCCACGACUAGUCUACCUAACAUUUUGCAGAGCUGAUAUUGACCGCUUCAGUCCCGACGCGCAGCAUGAGGCCGUCGUUGCGGACGGCGCGAGGCCAAGAAAAAUGAUGAAAAAGCAGCACACUGUACUGAUCGAUCACGACGGGCCGGGCGAGAUGGAGGAUCAAGCGAGAAAGGCCACUACGGAACCAGCGGUAGCUGAGGAUGACCGAGAAGAUGGAAAAGAUGAUGAUAAUGACAUGUCGGACAAACAUGCAGCAGACUUGGCACGACAACCAGAACCACAAUCAUCGUCCUCCUUCGCGGAACAAGCAGAACCAGCAGUCGAAACAAAGAUGAAUUAUCCUGAUUCAAGUGUUUCACCAAACAACACGACCAUGCUAUUGACCCCGUACGAAUCCCACCUCUUCGCCGAGAGCUACCGGCUGACGGGGAAUGCUACCGUGGCGACCUUCCUCGACAAGUGCGGGUUGUUCGAGGUUUUCGAAACCCUGGACGACAACCGCGACGGCGUGUUGCAGUGUGACGAGUGCGCUUGCGAGGCGAUGGACAGGAAUGCGGAUAAUACGACGGACAUCGGGGAAUUUUACCACUUUUGUGUGCAGGAAGAGGAGAUUUCGAACAUGAGAAGCUGCGACGACGAUGAUGACGUCGAGGAGCUCGGGCUCCUCCUGGACAAUCAAGCUACUAACCACAUCGGGACCCGGGAGCAACAAGACGCGGGAGAAACCGUUUCCGCGUUUCUGGAACCUCCGCAAUAUCGAGACGACGAUUCCUUUUAUACCGCAGCAAGCGACGAGAGCGAUGUCAGUUUCAACGACAACUACGCCGAAGAUGUGCCAAUGCUUGAUCAUCUUCACGGGGAUCGAUCCGCGCCGACAUUCGGAGGGCACGAACAGGGUCGUGUAAAUUCCAAAACAAGGGCAAAGAGGGGUCCAGGGAGACGAGAAGGAGUGGAGCCGGGCGGAGCCUGUUCAGACGAUGCUUCUCCUCCUGUUGGUCGCCCCGCAGCAGGGAAGCGAAAGGGAAAUGGGUAA